AACUGCAACUGACUAUUAAAUAACAUUUCAAUAUGUGGGCCUUAGUUCCAAUUUUUGCCACUUCAUAAAUAAGUUUGUGGCUUUCCAGUUAUGUUAGACAAUUAUAAGGACGACACUUUGUAUCAGGAUCAGUUAGGAGUAACAAGAAACCCUUUCUGCAAUUCUUUGGGCAAAAGAUAGCAUGUCAUCUGGAGCAAGUUCAGAAAUGUUACCUGGAGGUGCUAACUCAAUCAAUUUUAAGCCUUCGCCUAAUUUUAAACACAUGAAGAAGUAUUUAAAAUCUAAGUUUGAGGAAGAAGAUAAGGUAGCGUCGACGUCUAGUGUACCGUCAGGGUCUGCGUCUACGUCUAUGUCAAAUAAAAUAUUGGAAAACGACAGUAAGGUAAAAAUGACAGUGCAACCACCACUACCACCAAAUUCUCCACCACCAGACAAUCCUUUGAAUUUUAAACUUAAGACGGAGGUUGUGGAUGAUACGUAUGAAGUUAGCACAGAAAAAAAACCAAAUAUGGAACAGACAGGAGAAUAUUCUAUUGAGUUUGAGUCCGCAGAAAAACCUAAAAAAACAAUGUGCAAGGAUUUCAUUCGUGGUACAUGCAAGAGAGGAGAAACCUGCAUUUAUGCGCAUGUGUUGGAUUUGGCUCAACUAAAAGGUGUAUACAAGUUUUGUCGUGAUUAUGCUAAUGGAAAAUGUAAACGAGCAAUGUGCUUCUUCGUACAUGCUACUACUUUUGAAAAGGAAAGUUUUUUUAGAACGGGAUAUUUGCCACCACAUACAUUGAGCCAUUUGAAAGAGGGAAAUGUCAUUCGACCACACUCACUUCCUGAAGGCCCUUCACGUGAAGUAAUGCAUCCAGUAUAUCCUAGCCCACCAACGGAAAUGCAAGCUGGUGGUGGCAUUCCUACGGUUCCCACCAUAAGCGUUCCCAAAACGAGCGUGGUAAAUCCAAAGUUGCCACAAGAUGUCUACCAGACCACUGCGCCGUCCAUGAGAUCCACACUGAAGAGGGAUUGGUCAGACGGUGCGGCUGUCCCCCCACCUGUGCUUGAAAAUACAGAGCAACCAGUAUACAAGAAAUGUCUGAAUUGUGAAUUGCAUAAGCUCAGGUACCAACAAAAUCAAGCGAAGAAGGACACAUUGAUAAAAUCCACUAAAACGCUGGAUGAAAAUAUUGCAAAAUUGUUGAAAAAGAAGAACUGGCUUACCACUGUGCUCAAAGUUAUAUUGUCCUGUCCGGACACUUAUAACAAUAGCGAUAUAAGUGCCUGAAUUUUCACUACUGCAUACGGCAUGCUGCUUAGACACGGUCGUCAUACAUCCUCUUUGGGAACUGCAAUAAAUUUCGUCGUGAGAGACAUCAGGGCCUCGUCUCUUAACUUAAAUAUUUUUUUUAUGAAAUUAUACAAGAACUCUUUUUAGAAUAAAGUUUUGACAAUAUAGGCGGUAGCAUACAUAUACAUUCAAUUGAUUUCGUUCACGAAAUGGUAGUGAGAACCAGUGUUGCCAGAUGACCGUUUCAGUUUCCCCCUAAAUUUGACCCAAAUUCUUUUUGCAGAAACAUUCUUCCAAAAAUAAAGUAUGAUGUACUGACAUAUUAUAAGUAACAUGACCUACACCCAACAUAUCGUUGAUUAAAUAAAAAAAAAGACAUUUUUAAAAUUAGAAGCUAGAAUUGCCUCCUUUUAUAUCAGUUAAUUAAAUUAACCACGCCGUCUUAAUCAUUAUCUAACUUUAAAGAAA